AAUUUAUUUUAUCUCUGUGAAAUAUACGUCAUUACAACCUAUAUAUUGAUCAACAGUUAGUCAAAAUUCUUGCAGUUUGCAUACAUACUGCAUUGCUUCAUUGGGAAAAUAUCUGCAAUAUCCUAGAAAAAUGACAAAGUGGUUGUUGCUGGUGGUGUGUCUUGGUAUAGUUUGUCAAGAUGUCACAAGCGCAGCUGUGAAUCAUCAAAGAAAAUCUUUAAAUAAUUUGGCAAAUUCGAUGAACGUGAUUUACGAAUGGAAACACAUUGAUUAUGAUUUCGGUAGCGAAGAAAGACAACAAGCUGCGAUUCAAUCUGGCGAAUUUGAUCACACAAAAAAUUAUCCUUUCGAUGUCGAUCAAUGGCAUGGUAAGAUUUUCGUCUCCAUGCUAAGAUAUAAUGGCGUACCUUCUUCUUUGAACGUGAUAUCUAAAAAGAUCGGUAAGGGUGGACCUCUUCUACAACCUUAUCCCGAUUGGUCGUUUGCUAAGUAUGACGAUUGCUCUGGAAUCGUGAGCGCUUCCCAACUUGCGAUUGACAAAUGCGACAGAUUGUGGGUUCUGGACUCAGGUCUUGUUGAUAAUACUCAAGCCAUGUGUUCUCCAAAACUGGUCACCUUUGAUCUGACUACCUCGAAACUGCUCAAGCAAGUUGAAAUACCGCAUAAUGUUGCCGUAAAUACCACCACAGGAAAUGGAAGACUAUCAUCUUUAGCUGUUCAACCUUUAAAUUGCAAUAUAAAUGGCGAUACUAUGGUGUAUAUAGCAGACGAGAAAGGUGAAGGUUUAAUCGUGUAUCAUAAUUCUGAUGAUUCCUUCCAUCGAUUGACUUCCGACACUUUCGAUUACGAUCCUAAAUUUACCAAAAUGACAAUUAAUGGAGAAAGUUUCACAAUGCAAGAUGGAAUUUCUGGAAUGGCUCUUAGUCCCUUGACUAACAAUCUCUAUUACAGUCCUGUAGCUUCUACCAGUCUGUAUUAUGUUAACACGGAACAAUUCAAAACAUCCAAUUAUCAGAAGAAUGGCGUACAUUACGAAGGAGCCCAAAAUAUUUUGGAUACCCAAUCGUCCGCUAAAGUAGUAUCGAAAAAUGGCGUUCUCUUCUUUGGACUGGUGGGCGAUUCAGCUCUUGGCUGCUGGAAUGAACAUCGAUCACUUGAAAGACAUAAUAUCCGUACCGUCGCUCAAAAUGAUGAGACACUUCAAAUGAUCGUUGGCAUGAAGAUUAAGGAAGCGCUUCCACAUGUGCCUAUAUUCAAUAGGUAUAUAAACAGUGAAUACAUAUUAGUUUUAAGUAACAGAAUGCAAAAAAUGGUGAAUAAUGACUUUAACUUCGAUGAUGUAAACUUCAGAAUUAUGAACGCAAAUGUAAACGAUUUGAUAUUGAACACUCGUUGCGAAAAUGCUAAUAAUGAUCAAACACCUUUCAAAAUUUCAAUACAUUUGAAAAAAAUGACAAAGUUGUUGUUGUUGGUGGCAUGCCUUGGCAUAGCUUGUCAAAAUAUCAGAGGCGCCGUUGUUCGAGAAAAUUCCUCGAGAAAAAACUUGGCAAAUACGUUGAACGUAAUUUACGAAUGGAAACACAUUGAUUAUGAUUUCGGUAGCGACGAAAGAAGGCAAACUGCGAUUGAAUCUGGCAAAUAUGAUCGUACGAAAAAUUAUCCUUCCGACGUCGAUCAAUGGCAUGAUAAGACUUUUGUCACUAUGUUAAGAUACAAUGGUGUGCCUUCCUCUUUGAACGUGGUAUCUGACAAAACUGGCAACGGUGGACCGCUUCUACAACCUUAUCCCGAUUGGUCAUUUGCUAAGUAUGAAGAUUGUUCUGGAAUCGUGAGCGCCCAUAAAAUUGCUAUCGACGAAUAUGAGAGAUUGUGGGUUCUGGACUCGGGUCUUGUCAAUGAUCAAUCCAUGUGCUCCCCAAAAUUGCUUGCCUUCAAUCUGAAUACUUCACAAUUGCUUAAACAAGUUGAAAUACCGCAUAAUGUUGCCGUAAAUGCCACUACAGGAAAGGGUAGAUUAGUAUCUUUAACUGUUCAUGCUAUGGAUUCUGUAAAUACUACGGUGUACAUAGCAGACAACGGAGAUGAUGCUUUAAUCGUCUACCAAAAUGCCAAUGAUUCCUUCCAUCGAUUGUCUUCCCACAAUCACAAUUCUAGAUCUGACAAAGUAUCGCAAGAAAAUCUCACUUUGCAAGAAGUAGACAACAGAGUUUCUGGAAUGGCACUUAGUCCCGUGACGAAUAAUCUUUAUUACAGUCCUCUCUCUUCUCAGAAUUUAUAUUAUGUUAACACAGAAUCAUUAAUGAAUUCGCAAAAUCAAGGAAAUGACGUGCAAUAUGAAAGAGUCCAAGACGUUUUCAACAGUCAAUUAUCCGUUAAAGCAGUAUCGAAAAAUGGCGUAGUCCUUUUCGAACUCGCGAAUAAUACUCUUGGUUGCUGGAACGAGCAUCAAUCACUUGACACACAAAAUAUCGAUGUUGUAACUCGGAAUGGGACGCUUCAAAUGAUCGUUAGUAUGAAGAUUAAGCAAAAUCCUCCACAUUCUGGCAGAAUUAAUAAUACGCAAAAAAAUGAAUAUUUGUUGGUUUUAAGCAACAGAAUGCAGAACAACAAUCUUAAUCUAAACAACAAUCUUAAUCUCAAACACAUGAACUUCCGAAUUUUGGGUACUAAUGUAAACGAUUUAAUACGGAAUAGUCGUUGUGCAAAUUCUGACAAUCAGGAUAAUAAUCAACAUAAUCGUAAUCGUAAUCAACAUAAUCGUAAUCGUAAUCGUAAUCAAGCUCGUCAUUCUUCAAAAUCUGACAAUCAAAAUAACAAUCACAAUAACAAUCAAGCUCAUCAUUCUUCAAAAUCUAAUAAUCAGAAUAACAAUCAACAUAACAAUUAAAUUCAUCAUUCUUUAAAAUC